CCUUAAGGACAACUACACGAAUUCCAAAAAAACUUCUCCUUUAUUAGAACCAAAGCCAUGAAACCCCUCAGCUCCCCCCUCCCCAUAACCGCUCUUUUCUUCUGUCUCCAUAUAAUCCCAACCCUUAGUUCCGCCGACUACGACGCCAGCACCACCGAAACUAACACCACAGAUUUCAUCCGCACAAGCUGCUCAGUCACUUUAUACCCUGACGUUUGCUACACUUCCCUUUCUGGAUAUGCCAACGCCACCGAACAAGACCCAGCUCGUCUAGCUCGUAUCGCCAUUGGUGUCAGCCUGUCUAAAGCCCGUCACAUGGCGGCUUACAUCUCCAACCUCUCCCGUGCAGCCGACUACGGUGCCGACCCACGAGCCAGCGCCGCCUUACACGACUGUUUCUCCAACAUGGGUGAUACCGUGGAGGAAAUCCGUGGGUCGUUGAACCAAAUGCGACAGCUCGUGGCUCCGGGUUCGGAGUCUUUCAGGUUCCAAAUGGAAAAUGUUCAGACUUGGAUGAGCGCGGCCUUGACGGACGAGGACACGUGUACGGAUGGGUUCGAGGAUGUGGCGGAUGGACCGAUGAAGACGGAGGUGUGCGAGAGGAUGGAGAAAGUGAAGGAGCUUACGAGCAAUGCUUUGGCAUUGGUUAAUAGUUAUGCCGAAAAGGGUACAAAUUAAUUAGCGGAACGAAGAAAAGGUUAUAAUUUCUGAUUACGUGAGGUAUAUUUUUGAAUGUUUUUGUUGUUAAUUUCGACUUUUUUGUACAGUGGUUUUGGAGUCUCAUUUUUUUUUCCUUUAUGGGUGUCAGUAGUUUUGAAUUUUUCGGUUUUCUUUUCGUGACAGAGAGAAGGAAAGUUAAAGUUUAUA